AUGUUUCCAUGUGUGUUUCAUUCAUGAUAUCGAGUAGAGGAUGAAUCGUCCAGUUUGGACGAAAUGCCACUGAUGAUGUCGGAAGAAGGUUUUGAAAAUGACGAGAGUGACUAUCACACAUUACCAAGAGCCAGAGUUACUCGAAAAAAGCGAGGACUAGCCUGGUUUUUAUUUGGUGGAUGGAAAUUACUUUGUACCAGUUGCUGUGACUGGCUUGCAAACAUCUGUCGGAGAAAGAAGGAACAUAAGGCUCGCACGGUAUGGCUGGGAUGUCCAGAGAAGUGUGAGGAAAAAUAUCCAAGGAAUGCCAUCAAAAACCAGAAGUAUAACUUCUUUACGUUUGUACCUGGGGUGUUGUAUCAACAGUUCAAGUUUUUCUUGAAUCUUUAUUUUUUGGUGGUGUCAUGUUCACAAUUUGUACCAGAACUGAAGAUAGGCUAUCUGUAUACAUACUGGGCUCCUCUGGGUUUUGUUAUGGCAGUGACAAUAGUCCGAGAAGCAUUGGAUGAGUUUCGUCGUUAUCAGCGAGAUGAAGAGAUGAACUCUCAGCUCUACAGCAAACUUACCAUACGAGGCAAAGUACAGGUGAAGAGCUCUGACAUCCAAGUGGGAGAUCUUAUUAUAGUUGAGAAGAACCAGCGGAUUCCUGCUGACAUGAUCUUUCUGAGAACAUCAGAAAAAAGUGGCUCUUGCUUCGUUCGUACGGAUCAACUUGAUGGUGAAACAGAUUGGAAGCUGAGGGUAGCAGUUUGUUGCACUCAAAGAUUGCCAGCUUUGGGUGAUCUUUUUGCAAUCAGUGCUCAUGUUUAUGCUCAGAAGCCACAAAUGGACAUUCAUAGUUUUGAAGGGACCUUCACACGGGAAGACAGUGACCCAUCCAUCCAUGAAAGUCUAGGCACAGAAAACGCACUGUGGGCCAGCACAGUAGUAGCUUCAGGUACAGUGAUAGGUGUGGUAAUUUACACAGGCAAAGAAACUCGCAGUGUGAUGAAUACUUCCAAUCCCAAAAAUAAGGUUGGCUUGCUGGACCUGGAAUUAAAUCGGUUGACAAAAGCUUUGUUUUUCGCUUUAGUUGUACUUUCAGUGGUUAUGGUAGCCCUGCAAGGAUUCAUAGGGCCUUGGUAUCGUUACCUAUUCCGCUUCAUCCUGUUAUUUUCCUAUAUCAUUCCCAUCAGUUUACGUGUAAAUCUUGACAUGGGAAAGGCAGCCUACGGUUGGAUGAUCAUGAGAGAUGACAAUAUUCCUGGAACAGUGGUCAGGACAAGCACAAUACCCGAAGAACUGGGACGUAUAGUUUAUUUAUUAACAGAUAAAACAGGAACCCUUACUAAAAAUGAGAUGGUAUUCAAGCGCCUCCACCUGGGCACCGUUUCGUAUGGGACAGACACAAUGGAUGAAAUUCAAAACCAUAUUAUUGGCUCCUAUGCACAGGGAUGCAGUUCACAUGGACAUUCAGCUGGAAGUAGUACCAUUUCAUCUAGCAAAGCAACUUCUGCUCCAAAAGUUCGCAAGUCUGUCCACAGUCGUAUUCAUGAAGCUGUAAAAGCUAUCGCUUUGUGCCACAAUGUUACACCUGUCUAUGAGUCGCGUGCAGGGGUGAAUGGAGAAACAGAAUAUGCAGAGGCUGAUCAGGACUUCAGUGAUGAAAAUCGCACAUACCAAGCAUCCAGUCCUGAUGAGGUGGCUUUAGUACAGUGGACGCAGAGUGUGGGUCUGACACUGGUGAGCAGAGACCUUUCAUCAAUGCAGUUGAAGACCCCUGGCGGACAAAUCCUUCCAUUCAUCAUUCUACAGGUUUUCCCUUUUACAUCUGAAAGCAAGAGAAUGGGCAUCAUUGUCAGGGAUGACUCUUCGGGGGAAAUCACAUUCUACAUGAAAGGAGCUGAUGUGGCAAUGUCCAGCAUUGUACAGUAUAAUGAUUGGCUGGAAGAAGAGUGUGGAAACAUGGCAAGGGAAGGACUGAGGACACUAGUGGUAGCCAAAAAAUCCUUAACCGAAGAACAGUACCAGGAUUUUGAGAACCGAUACAACCAAGCAAAGUUAAGUGUUCACGAUCGUUCAUUAAAGGUGGCAGCAGUUGUAGAGAGCCUUGAGCGAGAAAUGGAACUCCUAUGUCUCACUGGAGUGGAGGACCAGCUGCAGGCAGAUGUGAGACCCACACUAGAAAUGCUUAGAAAUGCUGGAAUAAAGAUAUGGAUGUUGACUGGAGAUAAACUGGAAACAGCUACUUGCAUUGCAAAAAGUUCACAUCUGGUGUCCAGAAAUCAGGAUGUCCACAUCUUCAGACCUGUAACAAAUCGUGGGGAAGCUCAUUUGGAGUUGAAUGCUUUCAGAAGGAAACAUGAUUGUACACUGGUUAUAUCAGGAGACUCCUUAGAGGUUUGCCUGAAAUAUUAUGAGCAUGAGUUUGUGGAACUUGCAUGCCAGUGCCCAGCUGUCGUCUGCUGUCGAUGUUCUCCCACACAAAAAGCACAAAUUGUGAAGUUGUUGCAGCAGCACACAGGCAAGCGCACAUGUGCAAUAGGUGAUGGAGGUAAUGAUGUCAGCAUGAUCCAAGCAGCAGACUGUGGAAUUGGAAUUGUAGGAAAGGAAGGUAAGCAGGCCUCCUUGGCAGCAGAUUUCUCCAUUACCCAGUUUAAGCACAUCGGCAGGCUACUGAUGGUGCACGGUCGAAACAGUUAUAAGCGAUCAGCGGCACUCGGCCAGUUUGUCAUCCACAGAGGCCUUAUCAUCUCCACUAUGCAGGCUGUAUUUUCAUCCGUGUUCUACUUUGCAUCUGUUCCAUUGUAUCAGGGUUUCCUCAUGGUAGGGUAUGCUACCAUCUACACUAUGUUUCCUGUUUUUUCUCUGGUAUUAGACCAAGAUGUAAAGCCAGAAACAGCAAUAUUAUAUCCAGAGCUUUACAAAGACCUCACAAAGGGGCGUUCAUUAUCCUUCAAGACAUUUCUUAUUUGGGUUCUAAUAAGUGUAUAUCAAGGUGGUAUUUUAAUGUACGGAGGAUUAUUGCUCUUUGAAUCCGAGUUUGUACAUGUUGUUGCUAUUUCCUUCACUGCCCUGAUCUUUACUGAACUGCUGAUGGUUGCACUUACUGUCCGAACCUGGCACUGGCUUAUGGUUGUGGCAGAAUUCCUCAGCCUUGGCUGCUAUGUGGCCUCCCUUGCUUUUCUCAAUGAGUACUUUGAUGUCACCUUUAUCAUCACUGUGACCUUCCUGUGGAAAGUGUCAGCGAUAACCCUCGUCAGUUGUCUUCCUCUUUAUAUUCUCAAGUACUUGAAGCGCAAAUUCUCUCCACCCAGUUAUUCUAAACUUACCUCGUAGUGUGGUUGUUUAAUUCAAUAUGUGACACUUUUACCACUUCUGUGGAAGGAAGACUAGUGAUCCCUAGAAACAUUGUCAGCUUCACAGAGUUGAAAUCUGGGACAAUGGUCUGUUGGCUGAAGGGGCAAAAUAAAAGCAAUGAAAUGGUGCACACUGGAGUGCGUAGCAUUGAAAGAAAAUGAUAGCACUUCUGAUUAGCAGGUACUGCAAAGCACUGCUGGUAUGAAGGAAUGCCUUCAAAUGUUUCGCUUCACAAUACUGAUGGAGUCGGGGAGAAAAUAGAAUUAAUUAAUCUUUGCAUAUUCUCUUUUAUACUUUCCCCUUUUGUUAAUUUAUGUAAAACCUCAAAUGUUUUCAUUGUUUAAAAACUUAUUUGAGUACUUGUUAAUAAUGUUAACUCUGGCACUCAUUGCAUAAUUAUUCUUAAAACACGAGUCAGCUCAAUAUUUUAUUCACUGUCAUGUGAAAGCUCACUCAUUGAUGUCAUUAUGCAUAAAGGAGCAACUUGGCACUAUAUAUUGAUGUUUGAGCUAAAAUACUGCCUAUUUAAUAAUUUGCUACUAACCUAGCUGUGGUCCUCUGUUUCUAAACUGCAACUCUGUUGUGAAACCUUCACUGUAAGAUCUAACAGAGAUAUACACAUUGGCCACUAAUCUUGUGCAAUAUUUUUGUGUCAAAUUUCUCUUUCUAUUCUCAUUUCUUUUAAGGUUAUUUUUUGUAGAUUUGCUGAAUGUAUUCUUACAACUUGAACUUUAUGUGAGACAUUUAUUUAAUACCAGGAAUCCUUAACUUAUUUUAUUUACAAUUAUGUUUUUGAUGACAUGGCAUUAUCUUUCGUCAUCCACUCCUGACACUUUUGGUUGAGUAUUCCAGAACAGGAGAAUUCAAGAAUCUAAAUUUUCCUACCUCCUGACCCAACCACUCCCUCCCUCCCCCAAGGCACGUAACACUGAAUUUGAAUCAAAAUCACCACUAGAACGAACAUUCUUUCAGAAGCAUUUGUGCUUUUCAGUUAAUUUGUUUCAAAACUAGAAUGGAGUACAGCAGAAGAUGUGGUAUUUUUACAGAGGUGAUCUGCAACAUGUGCCAAUAUUGAUUUCCUGUUUACUGCACUGGUUUUAUAUCAUUGUAGUCAACUGAAAUUCUCUUCAAUAAAUCAAUGAAUCAAAAUACAUAAUGUAAUUUAGAAAAGAAUACAUGGUUUAUAUGGUGGUAUUCUGAUCUGUAGAAAUACAUUUUUGUAUUCAUAAUCUUCAAUACAAUCAUUUUUGUGUUUAUCUGGUAUUCUGAAUUAUCAAUGUAUUUAGCCAAUAAUAUGCUGAAAAGGGAUUGAUAAGUUGCAAUGUUCCUGCCAAAUGUUAAUUUUAUUAAAUCAUUUGAGCUCUGCUUUUACACAAUUAUGGUAAAAUGUGUCUAUUCAGAAAUACCUUCCCAUGACUGUACUUGAUGUGGACAUUGUUCAGUUAUUGAAAAGAAUUUAUAAACCAUUUUUGUAAAUUGUAAACUUCAAAUGAUGGAUACCUGACAUAGGAUUCGGAUUGCUGAUCUGCACCACAACUGGAGUAGUGGUAAUCAAACUGAAGGUCCAAUGAAAUCACAAAUGAGAGGUUUCUAAUUGAAUUGAGCUCAAUCUGCAGUUUACACCUGAAUUCCAAGUAACCAUCCCAUUACCAAAAUCACAGUUAUUGGUGAAAAUAGUAUGUUAGCAAUACAGGUAAGCUCACAGCAGGAAUUAAACAUCCCCCUCAAACACAGCCAAUAUAACUUAAAAGAACAACACGCUGGUUGUGGUUAGGUUAUAGCAUUUUGGUGUUUAGCAUCUGAGGCAACGGACAUAAAGAACCAGUUGAGUUUAAUCAUCAAGGUGGCCACUGUAUUCAGAUUUUGCUGUAUUGUUGAAUUGAGCUGGAUGGAGCUCCUUCAGUGCAAAAUAAAUUGAAUUUACAUUUUCA